AUGUCGUCAAUGUCAAAUAGUAACAGCAAUCCAUCAGCAGAAGGACAACCUCCAAUAUCCUUUACUCCGGCGGAAGCCCAAACUUACAACAAACCAGCUGGAUCUCCACUCUCGAUUUAUGAAACCAUCAUGCUCAACAAGGCAUUCCCGAAAACUGUUCCAUACCAACCUGAAGCAGCUCUUCACAAACCAGUCCCCGUAGACGAUGAAGCAAACGAUCUGAGUCUGGGAAAUCUCACCCGCAAAUCCUUGCCCUAUUUCCAAUAUUGGAACAUGACGGCGGGUCCUUCGGAAGUCGCACCCGAUUUUAGUUGGGUUUCCAAUUCGUGUGGUGGCAAGGCGGCGAUCGGGGUCUUUGGUGGGGGCGUCAUGGGAUUGCUCAUGGGAGUCUUUUUGGGGGCCAUGUCCGACAGUACGCCUCCCAUUCAAGUGAUUGCUGGAAAGGAAGUCCCGCAAGCACCUCUCAAGGAACAAGUCCGAGUGACCUUUCGAGCCACGGCUGAAAAAUCCUUGUAUUGGUGUCGGAAUUUUGCUUUUAUUACAGGAGUAUUUGGUGGAUCGGAAUGUCUGGUGGAAAAGUUUCGGGGCAAGCAUGAUGUAUGGAAUUCGGUGGCGAGUGGAUGCAUUACGGGGGCGGCGUUGCAGGCAAAGCAAGGACCGCAAGCGGCGGCAGUGGGAUGUGGAGGGUUUGCAGCCUUUUCUUUGGUGAUUGAUUCCUUCAUGGGAACGCACUAG